AUGCACGAUCACCAACACGGAGCACGAUCACCAACACGGAGCACGAUCACCAACACGGAGCACGAUCACCAACACGGAGCACGAUCACCAACACGGAGCACGAUCACCAACACGGAGCACGAUCACCAACAACACGGAGCACGAUCACCAACACGGAGCACGAUCACCAACACGGAGCACGAUCACCAACACGGAGCACGAUCACCAACACGGAGCACGAUCACAACACGGAACACGAUCACAACACGAACACGAUCACCAACACGGAGCACGAUCACCAACACGGAGCACGAUCACCAACACGGAGCACGAUCACCAACACGGAGCACGAUCACCAACACGGAGCACGAUCACCAACACGGAGCACGAUCACCAACACGGAGCACGAUCACCAACACGGAGCACGAUCACCAACACGGAGCACGAUCACCAACACGGAGCACGAUCACCAACACGGAGCACGAUCACCAACACGGAGCACGAUCGCCAACACGGAGCACGAUCGCCAACACGGAGCACGAUCACCAACACGGAGCACGAUCACCAACACGGAGCACGAUCACCAACACGGAGCACGAUCACCAACACGGAGCACGAUCACCAACACGGAGCACGAUCACCAACACGGAGCACGAUCACCAACACGGAGCACGAUCACCAACACCAAACACGGAGCACGAUCACCAACACGGAGCACGAUCACCAACACGGAGCACGAUCACCAACACGGAGCACGAUCACCAACACGGAGCACGAUCACCAACACGGAGCACGAUCACCAACACGGAGCACGAUCACCAACACGGAGCACGAUCACCAACACGGAGCACGAUCACCAACACGGAGCAUGAUCACCAAGGUGUUCGUGAUGGUAGUUCUGAUGGUAGUGAAGAUGGCAUCAGAGGAGGUGGAGGAGCAGGAUUUGAGUCUUAUAGAAAUUACCAGGAUAAGAAGUGA